GAUGCUCCGCAGAGAGGCGGGGUCCGGGUCUCCCCCUCCACCCCCUUCCGUUUAACCCUCUCACUGCCACGACGACGUCCCUCACUGGCCGGCCAGCUGGGCUGGGAGACCUGCGCCCCAGGCAUGCCUGAGUCCACCCGGCUGGGGGCCGGGUGCUCGGGUCUCAGCGCCGGCACCCGCAGCAUCCCCUCAGCUUCCCUUCCCUCACUCAGCCAUCGCACCCCAACUCAGCGUCCCCGGUACAAUGGGGAGCCAGGCUGCCCAGCCCCGGGAAAGGCAGCGCCAGAGCGGCAGCCCCGCAGCCCCAAGUCCCUGGAGUGGCAGCUGGACUCACCCCGCGGAGCGUCGGGGUGCCCAGAGAACAGACUCCGAGCCCUCGAGUCCGCUGGGGUCCCCUGCCCAGACCUUCUUACCUUCACAUAGUCCCCGCCAGCCUCCGGCUCUCCAGCUGCCCUGGAAGGACAGAAGACAGCACAGGGACCCUCUCAGGGGCCGCCCACAUGGAGACACUGCUGCUAGGUCGGUUGUUGCAGCAGGAAUCCCUCUGCCUUCCGGGUACCGGGAUGCAAGCCGGAGAGGCCCAUGGCCGGAAGUGACUGCUUUCCAGGGUGCCUCACCUGAAAGGAUGAUGUGAUGCCUGAGAGGGUCACUCGACCUGGAUCUGUUGCCUGUGGCUUACCUGACCCUUCCCUAAGGGGUCUCGGCUCAGGGUCUAGCUGAGCCGGGCCCCCAGCACAGAGCCCGGCACAGACUGGGAGCUCAAGAAACAUGUAUUGAUUAAAGGAACGCACAUUUAUUGACCUAAGGGCCAACCACUGUUAAUCGCUGUCGCCCUCAGUUCUGUGGGGCUGGCCCUGGUUCUCGGACUAGGGCAGGCCUCAGCUUGCCCCCCGUAAACAGGAAGGUGAGGCAUGUGUUCCAGGGCAGAACUACGCCUGCCCUGAGAAGCUGUCUGGCGGCCUCCGGUUCUGACAUUCCAGAGGCUUGUCGCUAGCAUCCCUCGUGCAAGUCCUUCCUGACCUCAGACGAGAGUCCCUUAGCUGUGGUACAGCAGGCCUCUAAGGCCGCUGGGCUCUCCAUCGGGGGUGCGGGUGUGAGGUGGAGCAGAGCCCGGCCCACUCGCCGCCCCACCCGCUCUUGCUUGUCCCUCUUCCCGGGUGAGGUGUCCCAUCCCAGCCCUUCCGGUCAUUCAGGCCCGGAAAUCCUCCCAGUGCUGGGAACAGGUUGGCCGGGACACUGGGAUUGCCCCCCGCACUUCCUCCUGCUUCCUGCCCACUUCCCCUCGGCGGACCGGAGCAGAGCCUCGGGGCGGGGCACCAGGCAGGGUGGGUGGCCAAUGCCAAGGGGGGUGCUCAGCACAGAGGCCCAGGCUCCUCCUCGGCUCCCCGCUUUUUCACAGCACCCCAGGGUUUCCAGGACAGCUGUGCCUGUGCACGGUCACUCCCUGCCCAGACUGUUGCCGGCCUCUCCCGGCCUCCCUGCCUCCAGGGCCUCCCUGCCUCCAGCGGUGGCACCGUGGCACCGUGACUUCUUCUCACUCCCAGCGCUGAUGCAAAGAGCUGCCCUGCUAAAAUUAAAGUCACUUUAUGAAAAUGAAAAUCAAAUCUUCCCCUUCCUCUGCUCUAACCCCCAGAGGGGGUUACUUCCAGUUUUACUUCCGCAUCUCAGCCUUCCCGAAUGUCCCUUCGCUGCUGCAACCCACCCUGGGCACGCGCCCUCCUCACCCGGGAGUUGGUCUCUGCCUCAGGCCCUGGGCACCUUGUCCUCUCUGCUGGAAUACCCGCUCCUUCCCUCCCCUUCGCAGUGACCUUCCCCAGGGGCCUCCGGCUGUAGAACCCUCUAGGGCUCUUACCUCCCUUCCUGCUUGGUUUUUCUCUCACACACUAUGCCUCUUUUUAAAAUUACUUUUUUACUGAGGUAGUGCUGGUUUACAUUGCGAUUUGUGUUUGGGGAGCCGAGGACACUCCUUCAAGUGUUCCUGCCAUGGUGCACCCCACCUACCACCAAGGCACCUGUGACCCACGCCUUCCACUGUGCUCCCUCCCUCUCCCCCUCCCCCCCUCUGGAUUCCUCCGUUCUAUAAUCAAGGAUUAGCUUUUAAGUUUGGCAUUGUCUAUUCCUUUCUUUACUUUCAUUAUAUUCCACUUGCAAGUGACACCAUCUGGUAUUUGUCUUUCUCCUUCUGACAUAUCUCGCGCAUCAUAAUCCCUCCCAGCUCGAGAGGUGAGUGGCCAUUCUGGCUGCUGAGUAGUCGUCCAACGUGUGUAAGUUCCACGUCUUCUUGCUCUCAUACCUACGCACUGACUAUCUCUCCUCCCUAGACCGUCAGCUCCACAGGGCCGGGACUGAGAUCUGCCUAAAAGCGUGCCGGGCAGU